CCUUCUCAGCAGCAGCCUCCAAUCAGGAAGGUGGCUCUGCUUCUCCUCCUCCUCUUCCUCCUCCUCCAGGCAGUAGGAGAUGGAGCAUGGAGCCAAAGGGCUUCUUAGGAGCCCCAUUUGGGAGUCAAGCAGCCAGAUUUGAUGUGUCGGCAAUUUAUCCAAAUUGCAAGAGGCCAAGUACUUUCCUGCAAGCUCCGUAUUCCAGGAUAGUCUGUUCAGACUUGAACCGAAAGUUAGGACCAGGAACCUACAGUGUUGACUAUGGAGACUUCAGUUCGCCUGCCUCGUUUCAGAAGAGGUUGUCCACCUCUAGCUGGGCCAAAUCACUGGAGGCAGCAAGACUCACUCAAAUGCCCCAUUUUCAUUUCAAAGAAAUAUGCCACAGAGAAAAACUUCUGAAACAAAAAAUGGGCCCAGGAAUUUAUGACUUCAAAGAUUUCCUGGAACUUCAGGAGACGCGUCCUCACAGUAUUAGAGGGAUAUGCAAUACUGGAGAAGUGAGAUUUAAAGACCGUAUCAGGGAAUGUUACCCUGGCCCAGGGACGUAUGGGAAUCCUUAUGAAAGCCUGCAAGAAAAACGCCCUGUAUCUGCACUUGGAAUCAUGGACAGCCAAACUACAAAAUAUUUUUCCUUUCCUUGUACGGGGAGUGGCUUGGGACCUGGCACCUACGAUAUCAAAAGCGGGAUAGACGAAAUGCUGAAACGCGUGGUCAGCAAGAAAGGCCCUUAUGAAACAUUCACAGGAGACAGGUCAAAGCCUAUCAAGUGUGGGCAUUAUGCUACUGAUAAAAAAUCCAUUGAGCUGAGUCGCAGCAAAGUAAGGAGCUUCCUAGAAGAAAUGAAGACCAAAGAAAAAAGGAAACAUGGGGUUUUCAGCAAUCUUUCUCGAUUUCCAGAAUAUCCAUCUGAACGGAUCUUCUGGUCUACUAUUGGCUUGGGUCCAAUUGAAAAACUCACAGCUGGUCCAGGCUCAUAUGACAUAAUGCCUAUUAAGAGAAAAGAAUUUGAAAACCAACCACCAUUCUGGGUUGGUGCGAAGAGAUUUGACAAGAAGGCGUGCCGUGUCUUCUUUGGAAGUGCUAACCCAGUUGGAGUUGGUCGCUACAAUACCAUGAAACAUGAGAAGUAUCCAAAGAAGAUCAGAUAUCGUUCACUUUAUAUGAAUGAAACACAGCGUUACCUUAGUAAUAUGGAGAGGGACAAGUGCUUGCAGGAAAGGAUCACUCCUCACACUAAAAGCCACUGGAACAAUUCAGCUUAAGCAGCCAUUGUUUCUUCUCAAACAUUUCACCAUUCAGAUAUCAGCUGCAUUCCUAGUUGAUUUCCAUGGCAUAUUCUGCCAACAUGACUGAGAAGAAUCAAAAGAACACCUCAACAUUUGUUGCACUGAGAAGCCUGUUCCAUACGUAUUUAUGAUAAUCUCUUGGUAAUUAUGUUGUCCACUUAUACCAUUCCCUUCACUAAAAAUAGAGCCAUUUAGUGA